ACGCCACGGAAACGCGCUCGCGCCGGCGCCGAACUACAACUCCCGGCGGCCCCUGCGCUCCCCGGCGGCAAGAUGGUGGCGCGCAGGAGGAAGCGCGCGGCGCGGGACCCGGAGGACUGUAUCCCCAGCCCACCGGGCUACGCAGCUAUUCCAAUCAAGUUCUCUGAAAAGCAGCAGGCUUCUCACUACCUCUAUGUGAAAGCACAUGGCGUUCGACAAGGCACCAAGUCCACCUGGCCUCAGAAGAGGACUCUUUUUGUCCUCAAUGUGCCCCCAUACUGCACAGAGGAGAGCCUGUCCCGCCUCCUGUCCUCCUGUGGCCUCGUCCAGUCUGUAGAGUUGCAGGAGAAGCCGGACCUGGCCGAGAGCCCAAAGGAGUCAAGGUCGAAGUUUUUUCAUCCCAAGCCGGUUCCGGGGUUCCAGGUAGCCUAUGUGGUGUUCCAGAAGCCAAGUGGGGUGUCAGCGGCCUUGGCCCUGAAGGGCCCCCUGCUGGUGUCCACAGAGAGCCACCCUGUGAAGAGUGGCAUUCACAAGUGGAUCAGUGACUACGCAGACUCCAUGCCCGACCCUGAGGCCCUGAGGAUGGAAGUGGACACGUUCAUGGAGGCGUAUGACCAGAAGAUCGCUGAGGUAGAGCCCUUGGGCGAUGGAUGGGACUGGGUGCCACAGAGCAGCAGGCAGCACCCAUCGGGGAGGCUCCCGCAUGGGCCGGCGGUGCCGGCUGGCCACUCCAAGUGCGGGGCCUGCCGAGCCUGUGCCCACCCGGAACUCGCACUGGCCCGUGAGCACCAUGCGUAG